AUGAAUAAUAAUGAUGGGAUUUUAGGAGUUACAAUGAGAUCCUCUAAUUGCAAUUAUUCUGGAUGUUCUGAGAAUGAGUAUGGGACAAUUGAUGCUCCUCAAGUUGUGGAGGCCUUGAAAGGACAACAGAAGCAAAGGGAAGAAUUGCACAAAAGCGACAAACGUAGAAGUGCUCACUUCAUUAAAAAUUCAAGUAUUAAGGAAGGUGAUAUCUAUAUCGGAGCCAAAGUUUAUCCAACUAUCCAUGAAAAGCCACGAACUCACAUACCGGGUGGUUACUGUGCCCACCUGUUGGCUUCUGCGACUGGUACAGAUACUCAGCAUUCUUUAUCGACUUCAAACGAUUUUCAACUAGGCGCAUUAUUUUCACGUUCAGAGCACAAGACAGCCCUCAAAGUCAAAUACAAAUGA